AUGGAUUCCUCAAAGUCGUCCGCAAGCCUCUUCCAGGUGUAUUUGCGCUUGAGACCGCCUCCAGCUGGCGCAGCUUCUUCCGACAGAUUCGUCGAUGUUGAAGAGUCUGGCGAGGGCUCGCACCCGACCCAUAUCACCCUCAACCCUCCCAACGACCGCAAGCGAUCAAUAGAAAAGUUUGCCUUCACCAGAGUCUUCGAGGAAGAGGCCACUCAGCUUGAUGUUUUCCAUUGCACAGGAGUCGCAUCACUUGUUGAGGGUGUCCUAGCCCCUCAUGGCGGCCAUGGUACCGAUGCUUUGAUAGCUACCCUGGGCGUCACUGGAUCUGGAAAGUCACACACCAUUCUUGGCUCGCGUUCAACAAGAGGCAUGACACAACUCGCGCUCGACGUCGUCUUUAGAUCAAUUGGUUCCAACAUGUACGAUUCACCGACUUUGGAGAGCUCUCUCCAAUCCUCAGAUGCCUCGGAUGCUACCAUCAUAUCGGCACCGUGUUUCCUCGAGACUGUCUUUGCAGACUUUGGCUCAUCCCGCGGAGGAGGAUCAAGAGCGGGAACACCGAUGCUUGUAGGACCCCCCGUUCAUUCCGUCAAACUUCCCUUUGAAUCUUUCGGAUACAAUCAGAGGCACAAGCGAACCCAGCCGCCGGUCGAGUUGACAGGCGUGCGCCUCGUGCCGUCAACACCAGACCAUCCACGGCGCAAGCUUCGUGGUGGCUUUUCCACGCCAGUGCGGGAAAACUUCCAUAUUCACGAAGACGUCGCUGAGAAGCACUUCAUGGCCGUGACUACAGCGUCCAAAGUAAAGAACACAGCUAAACAACUAGUAAAGGGCGAACACUGUCCUCCUCCUACCCCUCGACGCGCACUCCAACGACCCUCAGCUCUUCCCUCAGCUCCCGAUAUCAGCUCCGUCAACGUGUCUUCAGACCCCGAUUCAGACUAUGCUGUCGUUUUGUCCAUGUACGAGGUCUACAACGACAAGAUUUACGAUCUCUUAACCCCGCCUAUCAAGUCCAACGCUACGAAAGAGUACCGGCGUCGGCCAUUGCUCUUCAAAUCAACCGAGCAGUCUUCCGACAGGAAAGUUGUGGCUGGACUGAAGAAGAUUGCGUGCACUACCAUGAGAGAAGCUAUCAUGGUAUUGGAGGCUGGUUUGCAUGAGCGCCAGGUUGCUGGAACUGGCAGCAACAGUGUCUCCUCCCGCAGCCACGGAUUCUUUUGUGUUGAGGUGAAGAAAAGAUCCAGGGCAGGACGCUACCGAUCUUGGACCGGCAACACUCUGACCAUUGUUGACUUGGCUGGCUCUGAGCGUGCCCGGGAUGCCAAGACGCAAGGCGCCACUCUCGCGGAAGCCGGAAAGAUCAACGAGAGUCUAAUGUAUCUCGGCCAGUGUCUUCAAGCACAGAGCGGCAUGGGCAACAGCAGCAAGCCUACUGUCAUGCCAUUCCGGCAAUGCAAGAUGACUGAGCUUCUAUUCUCUAACUCUUUCUCGGCGUCGUCUUCAUCAUCUGCGGGUGUUGUGCCUCGUCGGAAUGCCCAGCGAGGCAUUAUGAUCGUCACUGCCGAUGCACACGGCGAUGCAAAUGCGACUUCCCAAAUUCUCAGAUAUAGCGCCCUUGCGAGGGAAGUAACGAUCCCUCGAAUUCCCAGCAUUACAUCGACUAUUCUGGCCGACACACCCUCUUCAGCCCACCCGCCGUCAGGUAUGAGAUCCCCUGAUCUGCCUCCACAGCGCCGAGGAUACUUUGGCCAUGGAUCGUCUGGCCAUCGCAACUUUUCUCCAAAUUCCGAUAACGGAGACAGAGUGCUCAUGGAGCACGCGGCGCUGGAAAUUGCUCGUAUGCAAGAGGAGAUAACCAACCUCCACGUCGAGUUGGACAACGAACGUGAGAUGAGAGUUACUGCUGAAGCACAUCUUCUCAGCAUGGAAGACAGGCUGCUGGAGCUGGAGCAGACGGUUCGUGAGGAUUGCAUGGCCGAGUUCGACGCUCGCUUCGAGUUGGAGCUGGCCCGCUGGAAAGCAACUCUUGCUGCAGAGCAAGAGAAGGGCGAGGAGCACUGGGAUCGCAAGAUGGAGCUUUUCGAAAAGGGGCUUGGCCUAACUAUUGAUGACGAGGCCGGCGAGGACAAAGAAAACUUACUUGUCGAGGACCUUGAAGACGAGAACGAAAGACUUCGACGUGAGAACGAGAUCCUGAAGCGGGAGCUCGCGCAAAGAAGCCCGAGCAAGCGGAAGCCGCUUCAAGAACGCGAAGACUUUGGCGGCCGCAAAGGCGGCGCCACAGGUGUGAGCAACCUGGGCCGCAAGAUGGAGCAACUGCGCGUUAGCAAUGAGAGUACCGGCGGCAGCUCGGGGAGCCCCAAGAAGAUGCGGAAGCUUGCGACGAAGCGAUGGGAGACGGUUGCCGACGAUGAGUUCUGA